AUGUCAGUUCCCCCUCCCCCUGGUCUCAAUUAUCUUGCGGCAAUCCAACCUGCACUGAUCGACAUCAUGAUUGGGCAUACAUUUACGGUCAUACUCGUACCCCUCCUCAUUGCAAUGUUCUACUUCUCGAACGAGCAUUCACGGAGACAGCCCAUAUUUAUCCUCAACAUUUUGAAUGUGUGCCUGGCAUUCUCUGUCGGCAUAAUGGGGGACAGUAGAGCUGUUAAUACUAUGUUAUCACCGACACAUCCAUACCCUGUUUCCUAUGACAUAAUCAUGGGCUUUCUUGGAGCGGUCCAAAGUAUCCUUGUUGAUACCAUCCUACUCUUUCGCAUUUGUUCCGUUUAUCCGCCAAGAUACCUCACAUGGCAACGCUUCGUGACGUUGGUUUCACUGCCCGUCCUACUCAAAGUUGCCCGUGUUAUCAAUCUAUCUCUUUUUACAGCAGCUCUAACAAAAGCGGCUAAAGGAUUCAAUGCAGAAGCAACUUUGGCAGCCCUGUGGGUAGCAGCUCCGUAUCUCAAGAUCGAGUGGUUCGCGCAGCUAGUGGAUAAUAUAUAUGCGUCCUCUGUAUUCCUCUGGACACUUUGGUCAAAGCGGAAAAAUAACGAUGGCUCCACCACGGGCAAUGCCAAGCUUUCGUUUAGAAUGAGACUGAGGACGCUAUUUUGGAUCGCGCUUUCAAACUUCGUCAUUCCGGCGCUCUUUUCGGUCGCCCAGAUCAUUGUCAUUUACUCCGAAGUUAACCCAGUGGUCAUCAAUCAAAUAAUCCUGACAAACACAUCAAUUGCAGUUGUCGGUGUCGUGUUCGCAACAGUCUGGGCGGGCACAGUUAACAGA